GGGCGGUGCUGAGCGGGCUCCUCCUCCUCGCCUUCCUCCGGCUCAGCCGCCGCGCUGCCCAGCGGAUCCUCCUUCCUCCCUGGGUUGCCCGCGGCUAUGUUUAACCGCGCCGUGAGUCGGCUGAGCAGGAAGCGGCCGCCGUCAGACAUCCACGACAGUGAUGGGAGUUCCAGCAGCAGCCACCAGAACCCCAAGAGCGCAGACAAAUGGGCGGCUUCUCUGGAGAAUCUGCUUGAAGACCCGGAAGGCGUGAAAAGAUUUAGGGAAUUUUUAAAAAAGGAAUUCAGUGAAGAAAAUGUUUUAUUUUGGCUAGCAUGUGAAGAUUUUAAGAAAACACAAGAUAAAAAGCAGAUGCAGGAAAAGGCGAAGGAGAUCUACAUGACCUUUCUGUCCAGCAAGGCCUCUUCACAAGUCAACGUCGAGGGCCAGUCCCGGCUCAAUGAGACGAUACUGGAGGAACCGCACCCACUGAUGUUCCAGAAGCUCCAGGACCAGGCCUGUUCCCGAAACCUCUGCUCGCCAGGACUACCGUUUCACUUCCCUGACCUGCACUGAAUAAGCCCCAUUUUGUUUCUGGGCAUAAUGAUAGGUUUGUUUGAGAUCUUGGAUGCCAGUCUUCCGGGGGUCUUAACACUAUUGACAUCGUCUGAUAUGACAGUGACAGUGGCCUAGUACACUGUCGUCUCUACAGAAAUGGCUUCUCUUCUGCUAUCUCAAGUUCCUGGAGCCAUACAUCCCUGUAUUAUCUACCCAAAUAAAGUGGAAAUUCUUAAAGGACCUCUUGAUACAAAGGUAUAAAUCAGUGCUGUGCGAACCUAUACUUCCGCGGAAGAUAUAGAUAGGUUUGUUUCGUGUGACUCUCUAAGCUCUUAUAUUCCAUUGAGAUAAUUUCAUAAUGACCCAAAACACCCAGGAAACCCAGCUUGUCUAGCACACGACGUACGUAACUUUCUUUGUGUGUUUGGCAUGUAUUUUCCUCGCACAUGAUCGGUAU